AUGAUAAAUGAUGAUUGGAUUAAUGUGUUCCCUGGUUCUUAUGUUUAUUAUAGCUCUGAAUUGUGGUUUGACCAUUGUCCAAGCAUUAUUCACUUUAAGGAGGAAGUAAGAACUGGUCCUAGACCUUUUAAAUUUUUUGAUAUUUGGGGAAGUCAUCUUGAGUUUUGGGAGCUAGUGAAGCAUGUUUGGGACAAAGUUGUCAUUGACAGGAAGUUGUUUCAAGUGGUUAAGAAGCUCAAGGAAGUCAAGAGAGCUUAUAAAAGGGUUGUGGCUAUUAAAGAUAUGCGAGAUUGUUGGUGUAAUGAUAAGAAUGAUAUAUCAAGGGCUAUCACUGAUUAUUACAAGUGGCGUCUUGGUUCUGAGAACCCUUGUGAUGUCAAAGAUGAGAUUAGGAAGGUGAUGUUUGGUAUUCAUGGGAUUAAAGCUCCAAGUCCAGAUGGCUUUAACAGCUCAUUUUUCAAGAUUGGGUGGGAUGUUUUUGGUAAUGAUGUGUGUGAGUGUGAUCAUCCAGUUGCUGUAACUGACUUCAGACCAAUAGCAUGCUGCAAUGUAGUGUACAAAGUGAUCACUAAUCUCCUCUGCAAUAGGUUGAAGAAAGUUCUACCUGAUAUUAUUGCCCCAAACCAAUAUGAUCUUCUGGGUAAGUAUAAAAGAAAGAGCUCUCCUCCUGGGUGCAUUUUCAAGAUUGAUGUUAGAAAAGCCUAUGAUUCUAUGAAUUGGGGCUUCCUUGAAGAUAUGUUGGCUGCUUUAAAGUUUCCUGAUCAUUUCUGUAAGAUUAUAAUGGAAUGUUUUAGAACUCCUAUCUUUUCUCUUGUUAUUAAUGGAGAAGUUAAGGGAAUCUUGCAUAAAAUUGGUGAUCACAAGGACUAUCACUUUCAUCCCAGAUGCAGGGGGAUUAAGCUUAAUCAUCUUGUGUUUGCAGAUGAUUUGAUUGUUAUGUGUAGCAAUGAUGAGAAAUCUGCUGAGCUUAUUUUAAGAGGCUUUACAACAUUCGCUGCUGCUUCUGGUCUGAUAGCUAAUGAGGACAAGUCUAAUGUCUAUUUCUGCAAUGUGCCUAAGGAAGUAAAGGAUAGAAUUAUAAGCUUUUCUGAUUUUAAGAAGGGCUAUCUUCCUUUUAAAUAUUUGGGAGUACAAGUUAAUGCUAAGAAACUCUCUGUUGAUGAUUGUCAGAUUUUGAUCAAUAAGGUGUUCGAUGGAGUUAUGGUUGUGUGUAGAAAUUUCUUAUGGGAUGGUAGGGAUGUUUUCUUUAGAACUUCUCCUAUUGCUUGGGAUAUCAUCUGUAGACCUACGAAGCAGGGUGGCUUAGGUGUUCAUGACUGUCACAUAUGGAAUGUUGUUGCAAUGGGAAAGUAUGUGUGGGACAUUGCUAAUAAGAAUGACAGCUUGUGGUUAAGAUGGGUUUGUCACCAUUACAUAAAAGGCAGAAGUUGGAAGAGAGUGGGCUAUCCUGGGCAAGCUAGUUGGAAAUGGAAGCAAAUCUGGAAGAUUAAGGAGAAAAUUAAAGAUGAGUUUGCUGGAAAUGUUUGGAAGCAUAAUCAUGGUGGUUAUACUGUGGCUAGUGCUUACAGAUGGAUGCAGAAUGAUAAUCCUGAAGUUCCAUGGUGCAAUAUGCAAGAAACUUGUUCAGCUUCUGCAGGGAAAGGUGCCCAGUUUCUCAUAAUUAGUUCUCUACUUUGGAGGAUUGCAAUACUUAGUGUUGGAAGGCUAAAAAUAGAUUCCAGAAGGUUGUUCAGCAUGCUCUUUGUUCUGCACUCAUUUACAGCAUCUGGCAGUAAGGAAAUGAGGCUGUGUGGAAGAGUAGAUUGA